AUGGUGCAGCAACAGAAACGAAUCCAGGGUGAAUUCCUCCGUAAUCAAUUUCCCAUGGGUAAGUUGCAUGGGUCCGACAUGUUUCGGAACAGCAAGGUCGGGUGGUUCCUUCGCAAGCCUAACUGGAAGAACGUACAGCUGCAGCCGUUCGAGAAGAACCUCUACGAGGAACACCCGGCCACGGCAAGCCGGUCGAUGGCCGAAGUGGAAGCCUACAGAAAGUCCAACGGUGUAUCGGUAAAAGGGCGCGACGUGCCGAAACCUAUUCUCGCCUUGGAAGAGUCCAACUUUCCGGACUCCGUCCUCAAGGCGCGAAUCGCGGCCCGGCGCGACUACACGUCACCAACGUGCAUCGAGGCCCACUGCUGGCCAAUCGCACUCUCAUGCAGGAACAUUCUCGGCAUCGCGGAGACGGGAUCGCACAAGGCGCUUGCCUACGUUCUUGCGGCAGUCAUGCACGUCAGCCGGCAGCCGCCCCUGCAGAGGCACGAAGGACCCAUCGCCGUCGUCGUGGCUCCGACGCGCGAGCUGGCCAAGCAGAUUCACAGCGUGGCCUCCGAGCUAGGUGAGCAUGCCGGAGUGCGCAGUGUGUGCGCCGUGAGCGGCGCCCGCAGAAGAGGCCAGUACGCCGAACUCAGUGGUGGCUGCCACAUCUUCGUGGCCACUCCUGGACGCCUCAUCGAGUUCCUCGAUGAAGGCAAGGUGAACCUCCACCGGUGCACGUACCUCGUCCUCGACGAAGUGGACCGCAUGUUGAUGAUGGGCUACGAGCCCCACGUCCUCAAGAUUGCCGAGCUUUGCCGGCCGGACCACCAAACGAUAAUGUGGCUCACGUCCUGGCAGAAGGAGUUAAAGACACUCGUCGAGGAUCUGCUCGACGACUACGUCGAAAUAAAGUUUGGCACGACGCCACUGCCUGUUGAGAACAGCGUGGAAAUGACCGUCGACGUGUGCCAGGAGAAAGACAAGGAAGCGAAAUUGGCCGAACUCUUCGACGACGUCCUCAAGAAGAAGACAGACAGAGCCGUGGUGUUUACUGACAGGAGGUGGAAGGUCGAGGAGAUUGCUUUUAAACUGCGACAACGUGGCUGGUCCGCCAUCGGACUUCACGGCAAGAAAGACAAAAAGGAGCGUGACUGGGUCUUGUCCAUGUUUAGGAGCGGCGCAGAGACGGUGCUCGUGACAACCGACGUCGUUGUGCAGGACCUGUACUUCGGGAAAGUGCGGUUGGUGGUGAAUUACAACUGCCCCGACUGCUCGAAAGUAUACGCGCACCGGUCGAGACACGUGCAGCACGCCGACGAGCCAGGUGUCGUGCACACGUUCGUUCUUCCUAACCAACAUCGGCAGGCCAAGACGCUGAUAGAAAUAUUAGAGGAAGCAAAGCAACCAGUCACUCCCGAACUCUAUGGAAUGGUGAAAAAUCUCAGUUCUAUACGGUAA